CAUCACCAUCAUCAUCAUCUACACCACACACUACAAACGGAGGAGGAGGAGCAAUUCGACUGUGAUAGUUGCAUUGAUGCGGCCGCAGUGAAUGAACUUUCACAGCGCCUACUCACCGAAUUACGCGCCGCCAAGACGCGUAACCUCACCUGCACCGAAGUCUCAUUACCCACAGAUCUCACCCAACGCAUUGCCAGCGAUAUUGUACGGGUAUCGGAACGUGAACCAUGCGGCAUUCGUGGCUGUACCGUUUUCGUUGAAUACGAAGAGGAGGCUAACAAUCUCAAACGCAUAGCAAAACUAAAAUUGGACCCGGAAAUGGUAUCCACCUUUGAGGUUUAUCUAACCUUGCGUCAGGACAAAAGGGGCUGGACCGCUUUACUGCCGCAAUUUAUCAAGGGCCUGUCGCGCACCAUAACAAUUAGUCCCGAUUACAGCAUUGUUAAGCGUAAAUUGUAUUCGCACGACAGCAAUUGA